AUGAUAAGUCUCGCACCUCCACCGAUGCGGCGAAAACAUAGACUGGAGGACGCGCUGGCGCUGUGCUGUGUGUGCGCGUGUUGGUCUUGGCGAGUCUCGACUGCCGUUGCUGCAUCAGGCCCAAGCAGGUGUAGCCCCCGCAGAUUUGUGCGGUAUGAGCCGUCGGAAUGGGAAGCGUGGUGGGAGGAAAACAUCCGCAGUCUCCAGCUGCAGGGGAGGUCGCAAGACCGCGAUGCCUCGUACCGUCCCAUUUGCGCCGCGUUAGAAAGUCAAGUCGAUUACCUCUUGACUUUUUUGCAUCAUAUCUGUCCGCUGGACAACAGCUUCUCGCAGUUUUCUGUGGUGGCAGGAAAGGAAGAAGAGAAGGGUCGUGGUCGAGCGAAAGAACGUAAACGCGCUUGCCGGCUGGAUGACGGACAGGGCCGUCCCCGCAUUAUCGAACUGGACUGGGAUGAGAAAACUGUACAGCCGCUUGGACCUGUUCGGCGCACUACAAGACGGAAUUCGCUGCAAGAGGAGCCUGGCAAAAAUCGAGUGGACAGAGCAGUGCGGUUCCAGCACGGUGGAAGCUAUGCGCUUGCAACGCGGACGGUGCCGCUGGCGCAAUUUUGGAGCGAAGGCGGCGCUGGUGACGGGAACUUUUUAGGGCAGGAGGAGGGACGAACAGAGGCGGACCUCUUACGUCAACCAGAGGACGAGAAUCAGGAUACGCAACAUCAUCGUCCGGGUCGGGCGAUAGGUCAGAACAGGGCAGGAAGGGACGAUCAUGGGGCUACCAAGUUUUCACGAACCGAGGCGGCAACGGCCAGAGAAAUAAGGGGAAAGACUAUGAGGCAAGUCUUCUCGCGCCUCGUUUUCCGGGACGAGUGCCGAAACGACGAGCAAUAUACGGAGUGGAUUGAGCCCCUCGUCGGCAUCCUGCGGCACCCCCUAGCGUGUGACCUGUCUUUCGACAACGGUAAAACGCUGCACGUGUGGAAAAGCAUGUGGCUCAUGGAUGCCAGCUACGUCCUCCCACUGCCAGCCAGUAGCGUCCGCAGGCUUCUGAUGUCACACCAGAUGGAGAGCAGGAGAAGUACAACUUCUUCUUCUCCAAUCGAUCCCCUCGUUUCUAGCGAAAGUUUACUGGUAGAGGAGCACCUCCCGCCGCGCAGACUGUUCCUGGAUGCCGGUGCCACUCGUUGGGGAACGAGCCCGGCUUUUUUCACGGACUGGCUCUUCAAGCUGAGCAACCUCACCUUCACGGAAUUUCACGGGUGGGAGCCUGCGACCACGGUCGAAAAAUUUCUGCAAACCGUGCCCGAGCUGCGCGGCGGAAGGAAAAUCACGAGAGAUCAGGAGAGCGAGUGCCUUUCUUGGCACAACGCGAGCAGCUGCACGAAUAAGGGAAGAACGAGAAGAGUAGUCCGAGGUCGUGGACCACUGGAAGACCUGACUGUCUUCCGCUUCGCGGCCGCCAAAGUUGGCAGUGGUCCCGACCACGAUCAGGAUGGGACAACGGAUCUGCUUGAGUACCUCGCAGAAGCUAGGGGCGGUUUAGUUUCCGCGAUCAGAACGGAAUCUCAAUACGCCCCCUCGAUUGCCCGGCGGGAAGAUGGUGGUAGGAGCGAAGGAGUCGAUGCAAAAAUUCCUGGGGGACCUGCACCAGCGGAUUGUCAGAGUGAUCAUGUGCAAGAGAACAGCCGAGGAAGUGGCGAAACCUGUUCCGACGCGGCUACAGCUCCCGCUGCUGAUUAUAGUCCGGCUGAUGUUGAAAAAAUAAAAAACCUGCUGGACUCUGUAUCAAAGUGAAAAAAGCCCCCAUUCCAUACCGAUUCAAAAGAGAUCUCUCCUGUUGCUGGAUUUGCGUACUUACACAAAUCAUCUUUGUGAUGUUGCAGGAGGGACGAAUCACGGGUAGAUUGAAAGCCUGAUUAGGAACGACUCCGUAUAACCGUUUCGCAUAAAGGAGGGGCAGCAUGGCUGUCAUGAAGGUCCAACAGGAUAAGAAAUCAGCUGCGCGAUGCGAUGGGCACCACCUCUAGCUGCGUUGCCUUCUCGCAAGACAGAGGCGAUAGUUUUUGGCCGCAAAAAAUAAGCAACACAGGAUGUUGGCCUCGUGAGUAGGGGGAGGGGGGAUUUUUUAUCGCAAUAGUACUCUGUUGACUACGUCCUUCUGAAGCUAGACAUCGACACGCCCGCGGUGGAGCAAGCAAUUAUUCAGAAACUGCUCAGCGUCCCUGGGAAUUUCUACGGCAUCACCGAGCUCGCCUGGGAGCACCACGUUCAAAACCCGUUGAUGCAACCAAGCGGGUGGGGUGACGGCGUGGACCACACGAAGGACAUUGCGGAUUCUUUACGCCAGUUUCAACAGUUGCGGCAUCGCGGUAUACGCGCCCACUCUUGGAUUUAACGAUUUGACUGAACUGGCAUCCGCACGGGAACUACGCCGUACUGCUGUGUUGUACUUAAGUACUUACAUACAGAAGUACGAUGAAGCAGGAGUUGCCAAGGGACCAAGAUCUUCCACUGGUAUUGGAGUCAUGUUUGAUGACCGGAAAAAGACUCUCGUCGGGCGCACGCGGCCUAAUGGAAACAGCACCUGUUGCCAGCAUCCGCCAAGCAAAGCUAUCAAAUACAUUUUCCCUGACAGAUAGUUCCUAGUAUAAAUGAAG